AUAUAAUAAUAAGUUGAGAUUUGUUGAAUUUUCAUUGCAAAAAUAAUACAUUGUGUUUGUCAAGUGUGUUCAACUGAUGAAACUCCUUACAAUGUUAUCAUUAAUUUUCAUCUUAUUACAAAGUGUUAUCUUUUUCUUUGUAUUUGGAGAGACUCUUCACAAUCACAUUCACAUUGGUGGUGAUGAUCAAUUGAAUGUGACUUGUUCUGAGUAUGAAAGAAAUGCUCUUCUAGACUUCAAAACUGGUCUUGAGGAUCCACUAAACCGGCUCACAUCAUGGAACAAUGGCAGCAACAAUUGUUGUCAAUGGUAUGGAAUAGGCUGUAACAAGGCAGGAGAAGUCAUUGCAGUUGAUUUUCGAAACAGGUGGGACUUUGGUGGGGAAAUAAGGCCUUCAUUGAUAAAACUCAAGUCCUUGAGAUACUUGGAUUUGAGUUUCAUCGCAUUCAACAACAUCCCAAUUCCUGGAUUUUUUGGAUCCUUAGAGAAUUUGAGGUAUCUAAAUCUCUCUAAUGGAGGGUUUGGUGGUUCCUUUCCUGUAAAUACUGGAAAUCUCUCUAGAUUGCAGUACCUUGACUUAGAUUCAAAUACAGGUGAUGUUGAUAAUCUUGAAUGGAUCACAAGUCUUGGUCUAGUCUCUCUAAAGCAUCUUGUGAUAAAUGGAAUCAACCUUUCAAUGAUGGGUUUAGAUUUGUUUGGUAUAAUACUAAACAAGUUACCAUCCUUGACAGAGUUGCAUAUGUCUUCUUGUCGCUUAAAAGGUCCUUUUCCCUCUGUUUCUUUUGUUAAUUCAACAACAUCACUUGCGGUUUUAGACCUCAGUGAUAACAACUUCAACUCAAAAAUACCAAAUUGGUUGGCCAAUAUCAGCAGCCUUGUGAGUCUUGAUUUAAGUUAUGGUGGUCUGCAUGGAAGGAUUCCCCUUGGUUUCGCCGAGCUACCAAAUUUGCAGACUUUGCAUCUGCACUCCAAUACUAAUCUCAGUGCAAGUUGUUCUCAAUUUUUCAGGGGAAGAUGGAAAAGUAUAAAAGUUGUCGAUUUGAGUGAUAAUAUGCUGCAUGGGAAACUUCCUACUUCAAUUGGCAACAUGACAUCUCUCACUUACUUAGAUCUUUCUGAGAAUAAUGUUCAAGGAGGGAUUCCAGGCUCCAUUGGUAAGCUUUGCAAUCUUAAUUGGCUUGACAUGUCAUAUAACAAAUUGAAUGGAACUUUACCUGAAUUACUUGAAGGAACACAUAGUUGUCAUUCUAAGAGUCCUCUUCCUAGUCUAAACUACUUGUAUUUGGACAAUAAUGAAUUGGUUGGUAUAUUACCACAAUGGUUGGGUCAACUUAGGAAUCUUGUUGAGCUUAGUUUAGGAAAUAAUAUGCUACAUGGCCCAAUUCCAAAAUCUUUAGAGUCAUGGCAGAACCUUUCAUAUUUAGAUCUUGUUAAAAAUAGAUUAAAUGGGACUCUCCCUGACAGUUUAGGCCAACUAUCUGAAUUGUUUUUUCUUGAUAUAUCUUUCAACCAAUUGACUGGUAAUAUCACUGAAACACAUUUUCUAAAGUUGGACAAGUUGAACUGCUUACGCCUCUCUUCCAACUCUUUUACACUAACUGUCAGUUCAAAUUGGACCCCUCCUUUCCAUGUAGUAACGGAACUUCUCAUGCGUUCAUGCCAUUUAGGCCCUUCAUUUCCAACUUGGCUUAGAUCACAAAAUAAUGUCAUAAGCUUGGAUUUGUCAAAUGCUAGCAUUUCAAGUUCCGUACCUGAUUGGUUCUGGGAAAAUUUCUCUAAUCUUAGCUCGUUAAAUGUUUCCUUCAAUCAAUUGAAAGGCCAGCUACCCAAAACAUUCAACAUAGCUCAACAUGCAGCUGUUGAUUUGAGCUCAAACCAAUUUGAAGGGCCCAUUCCUCUUCCAGAACCAACAAUACAAUUACUUGAUCUCUCCAACAAUAAAUUUUCUGGUCCUAUUCCAAAAAACAUAGGUGAUUUCCUAGAAAACAUGCUGUUCUUCUCUCUUUCUACCAACCAAAUAGAUGGAUCAAUCCCAGAUUCCAUUGGCAACAUGUAUUCUCUUACUGUCCUUGAUCUCUCAAGUAAUAGCUUAAUAGGAAAAAUACCCCUUAGCUUUGGAAAAUUUUCAGACCUACAUGCAUUGGACCUCAGUAAGAAUCAUUUGUCUGGUACAAUUCCUAACUCGUUGGGUCAACUAAUUUAUCUCAAAACACUGCAUUUAGGUGACAACAAGUUUUCUGGAAGCAUCCCAUCAUCUUUAAAGUAUUUGUCACGUUUGGAGACACUUGAUCUUGGUAACAAUAGAUUUGUAGGUGAAAUACCACACUUCCUAUGCUCUUUAAAACAAUUAAGAAUUAUUAAACUGAGGUCAAAUGCAUUUUUUGGUGAACUUCCAUCCCUACUAUCGAAUUUGAGCUCAUUACAAGUUUUAGACUUGGCUGAUAAUGUGCUUAAUGGGAGCAUUCCUGGUAGCUAUGGAUGUUUCAAAGGCAUGAUUCAAGUACAAAGGGAAAACUUUAUUCGAUCCUAUGGUGGUGUCCUUGGAGAGUAUGAAGAAAGCGUUGUUUUGAAUUUGAAUGGCCGAGAACUAACGUACACCAAGAUUCUUUCCCUUGUUGUCAACUUAGACCUUUCUGACAAUAACUUGAGCGGAGAACUUCCUUCAAAUUUGACAAAUUUGUUAGGUUUGGUGAAUUUGAAUUUGUCUAACAAUCAUAUAAGUGGUUCAAUUCCAGAGGAUAUUUCGAAAUUGGGGCAGUUGCUAUCUCUUGAUCUCUCAAGCAAUAGGCUCUCAAGUACUAUUCCUAAUAGCUUGUCAUCACUUUCAUUCUUGGGACAUCUCAACUUGUCAAACAAUGAUUUCUCUGGUAAGAUUCCUUACAAUGGCCACAUGACAACCUUUGAGGCUUCCUCUUUUGCUGGAAAUAAAGGCCUUUGUGGCAAGCCCCUCGUUGUAAAAUGUCCAGGCGAUAAUGGUACUGAUUUCGAUAAAAAACCAACUCCUAAAGAUCACAUUCAUGAUGAUGACAAUUUUAUUGAUAGGUGGUUUUAUUUGAGUGUUGGAUUAGGAUUUGCAGCAGGACUUUUAGUUCCUUUCUUCAUGAUGGCAAUGAAAAAAUCUUGGAGCGAAACUUAUUUCAGCUUUGUGGAGAUUGUGGUAGAAGGAAUUCCAUUCUUUGAGCGAAGAACUAGAGCAAGACGACAAUGGCCUAGGGGACUUCAUCAUUGAGAAUGAUACAUUCAUGUUGCUCAAAUUCUGUUUUUUUUUAAGCAGUUAUAUAUCUUUGUAUUUCUUUGUUUUUUUCCUUUCUUUUAGUUCAGAGUUUUUAUGUAUACAAGUGAAGGUGUAACACAUCUUUCUCAGCUGCAAUAAAAGUGAUGAUUUGUGUGU